AAUGGUAGUUAAUUUUUUAUCAAAAAUUCUUGGAGACCGUGUCAAGCUCCUUCACUAUUUUCAUUCGAGAUUCUCAUAAAGUACCACUACGGUACUACUUUACAACGGACCCGACGGUUGACUAACAUAAGAAUACCCCUUCUCUGCUACUUGAACGAAGUACUCUCUGGUUGGAUGGUAAGUUCAAGAACGAGACCGCGAUUUUAUGACUUGAAUUCUCGACCUCAGCAUAUCAAUCUGCUCGAUUAAAUAUAAAUGAAGAUUUUAGUAGAGCAGGUGUACUAUUAAACAUGAAGUGAAGAAAACAGUGAACGAAAUAGUGUCUUCAGUUACAAAGCAAAAAUAAACUUUUUUAAUCGAGUGUCUGAUAAACAUUUGAAAAAUGUUAGGGAAAAAUGUUGUUAAGCUAACUAUAACAACUUUCUUUUUUUCCACACUAAAUUUAGCUUUAUCAAAGUUAACGCCAGCAUGCUCGGGAAGUUCUGGAUUGAAAUAUUUAUGGGGUGACGCCAUGGUUGAUUCUCCAGAUUGCGUAGGGCCCAAUGAAAUGCCAUAUCCAACAGCUGCCAUAGAUAGAAAUUUCAAAGCGUCUAAACUGUGGUUAAGUAAUUUUAGGACAGGAAGAUCUCAAAACACAAUAGAUCCGUUCAUAACGAGAAAUGUUUUACUUAGUGCGCAUCAACAAGCAUUCAAUGAUCAACCUCAAAUGAUCUUGAGACAUUCUAGAGCUACUAACUUACCGCAAUCGAAUAUAUGUGGAUCGACGCCUCCUAGGUUAUGUAAAACGAGGUAUAAUACAACGGCACCUAUGUACGGUGUUUCCCUAACGUCUGGCCAACCAGUUACUAUUGUUCAAAAAUUUCCCGAUCUUCUUCAACAAGUAGUUUUUGAGGUUUGUGAAAGCUCGGAAUGUGACGUUGUUCGAGGAGAAUGCACUCAAACGUAUGUUCCCUACUUAUUUUUAGUCAUCCCUUUGGGACCAGUUACUCUUACAGGACAAGAUUAUGUUUUAGUCGAAAGUGGAUGCGUUUGUAGACCGAAAUAUGCUGGACAAAAUAAUGCAGAAGCUGCUAAUAUACCUACCAUUCCCAGGAUUUAACUCACAUAAAACUUUUUGGAAAUCAGAACAGCUCAUAUUUAUUGAAAUUUGGAAGUAGGGUAUUUUAUAGAUUUAAGACGCAAAUUUUGAUCAAACCACCUAUUCAAAGAUAUAAAUAUCAAUAGAAACGCUUAGUAACAGACAUGGCUUUGAUUGAAAUAUGAUAUUAUUUCAAAUCUACCAUAAUGCCUAUACAGGGUGUCCCACGACGAGUUAAAACCAUCUGUAUAUGGUAAAAUACUAAUAGUAAAAUCAUGAAAAUGUCUAAGUUUGAGUUUUCGGAUACGAUCUUUUUGACUAAAAUAUUUUCAUAGAUGUCCGACUUCCGGUUCUACCGGAAGUCUUCUGUAAUUUUGUUAUUUUACCUAGAACACCCUGUAUAGUAAUACAUUUUUGGAAUCUACGUAAAAUUUUAACAUACUUUUGUCUACAAACUUUUUACGAAAAAUGCAUACUUUUUGAGUUAUUAAUUUUUUUGUAAAAAAUUUG